AGAAUGAUUUAUUUAUCUUUUAUAUAAGUUACGGAAAACCGAGUCAAUAUUAAAUUCUGUUACAAAAAUUUAUAAGUUUUGUAUUUCGAUGCUUCAAAAGAACUCUAACACAUUUUGUCAGAUUGUUUGAAAGAAAAAAUAUUUCUUAUUUUCGCACAUGGCAACCGACCUUUUCCGCUAGCAAGUAAACAAGAUGCCGUCCAAGGCGGUGGCAAGCAGUGGCUCCCACAAAUUCAGUAAAAGUGGGGUGAAAUUGAGGGAGAUCAAGCUCAAGAAUGGCAAGGUGAGGAAGCUCCCAGUCCUCCCCAAGAAGGCCUAUGCCCUCAACACUGAGGCUAAGCGGGUGAGGCCGGCCCUGAGGACGAGGAAGCCCAGGCAGCUGAAGCUGAAGAAGAACCUCACCCCUGGCUCUGUGUGCAUCAUCCUGGCUGGCACCCACAAGGGCAAGCGUGUGGUCUUCCUGAAGCAGCUGCCCAGUGGAACUUGCCUGGUUACUGGCCCGUACAAGCUGAACGGCUGCCCUCUGAGGCGCGUGCCGCAGCACCUGAUGGUCACUACCUCGCUCAAGAUCGACAUCUCCAACGUCAAGGUUCCUGCCAACCUGGAUGACAAGUACUUCAGCAAGAAGAAGGCUCCCAAGAGCUCCGCGAAGCGCACCAAGGAUGGUGAUAUCUUCGAGGAGACCAAGCAGAAGUACGAGCUGACUGAGGAGCGCAAACAGACCCAGGUGGCCGUCGACAGUCAGAUUGUCAACGCCAUCAGCGCCAACAAGGAGAAGGCGCUCAUCUGCGCCUACCUCAACAAGCCGUUCGAGCUGACGCGCGGUAUGGUGCCGCACAAACUCAAGUUCUAGGCUGUUCCACCCGACCAUCAAUACAAAUAUGCGCUGCGUCA